AUGCCAAGCAUCACGACAUUACUGGCUUACUGCGCUCUGUGCGUUCGUUAUGCCAGUAAACCGCUGCGGACCCUGCACGGUAAGGCAGGCUUCCCCAUACUGCACUACCGCGGAUCUGAACUGGACCUUGGGGAAUGCAGGUUGCUGCCCUCUGCUUUGAAUGCACUGUUCUCGCUUCUGGUGAUUUUGGGAAAAUAUGUAGAAGCAGCAGCAGUGCCGCAGGAGCCUCGGUGUAAUCGUUGUUACGAGCACUCCAGCCGGCACCGGGAAAGAACCAUCGAGCCUUCAUCGAAGACGGCAACUCCUGAACGCACACAACCUGAAGUUGGGAACAUGAAAUGGAAAGAACCACACUACCGUAAUUUCUGCCCUGCCCGGCGCUUAAAGAGGGAUAGCUCUAUUGCCAAUUUCCCGAGUUACUACGGUAGUCUGUGUCCUGGCGCCCAUUUACCGACACUCCUUCCCAAACCUCUAGGUUUCCAUGCUUCGGUUUCGAUUUUUCUACAGCAUCAACCACCAACCCUCUCUGACACCUCCUUUCCUCCUUACCCUGGUCAACCCUUUUUCGGCCAGAUUGUUAUGUCCCUCCCGCCUGCCAAUUGUCCUUUCCUGGACUCGCGUUCAAAUUGCGAACAACAAUGUCCAAUCGUGCCCACCCCGUCUGCUCGCCCCGUGACGACACCCUCACAAUUCGCUCCUUCCCGUCCCGUCUACCUUCGGCAAAGUCCCAUGACCGAAGUUGGUGGAGCCGUUCAAGUCUUUCCUGCUUCUUCUGCUGCCUUCCCGAAUGCCUCGCGCCGUAAUGGACCCACAAUCUUUUGA